AUGGCGAUAAAUCAAUACUCCAUUGAGGAUCGGUCUUUCCCGAAGACGUUUGAUUUAAUGCCAUGUCCAACAGUAUUAAACGAAAUGAAAUUAUUAAAAUCCAAGCUAAACUUGGUGUACAAAAAUAAAAAUAAAAAACAGCCUCAAGAGCUGUUCAGUCGGAAAACGUGUGAGGCCGACACACUGCCCGGGUACGCUGACGUACAGACAGUGAUCAAGUCGGUUGAGGCGAACGUCCCCGCAGACCUCGAUCAACUGGAGGAGAACUUCGGCCUUGAUCUGGACGUAGAUGUCUCCUCUGAAGCUGGGGCGUCGGCAAGACAGAGAAUGGUCAGCAAAUGGUGGCGUAAAGUCACUUGUGGCCUUGCCGUUCUGGUGCUAUGGACGUCCAAGCACCGGAGUGGCGUGGUGUCAAAUAUGCUGUUGGGCGAGUGGGCCGCGAAGAAAUUAGAAAACAGUAAAACAAUUAUAACCGUAUCCACCCACAAAACUGGCGACCGGGAGCCCGCUCUCAUUGUAAUCGGAGACGAAAUCGCCAGCCUAAUGGAUAGGUACUAUAAACUGCGUCAACGCGUCAGGACAACAUUAAAGGAGUUUUUCGUAACUAACAAGGGCCAACGGUUGAUAAAAAUUUACGACGAACUAAAUAAGAUAUACCACACAAAACUCUCGGCGAAUAUUUUCAGAAGGAUGGUGGAGAGCCAGAGCAGGGGCCACGACAGAGUGACCUGCAGUGGUGUGGCGAAGGCUCUCCAACACUCCGAAGAUACGGCCUUACGUUAUUACCAGGUACCAGAUGCGAGGGAGGCGAUUCGGAGGCAGCGACACAUCGACGUCGUCGACGAGACCGCUGUCUUCGAAGACGUCGUGUCAAAAGAGUUUGACAUUCUAUUUCCCAUUGAGCCGUACGCAAGUUGGACCGACGCUGGCGUACGGGAAAGGCUAUUGGACUCCGAUGCGUAUGCGGCGCAUCCGACAGCCACCGUUACCGACGCGCUGGUCCAACGCGUCAAGGCGUGGUUUAACGAUGCGGUAUUGGAGGAUAGAGCGGCGAUCCUUGUCGGCCAAUUAAGUGCUGACUAUAACAAGCGGAACAUAAGUAGACACGCGAUUAUCGACAUGGCCAAGCAGAGGAAGCUGCAUUAUUUCCUCAACCAGGAUCAGGACAAAAUGUGUCGUCGCAUAAUGUCCCAAAUGGCAGACUGA